AUGCCUAAAGAUUGUAAUGAUCUUUGUGAAGAUGGCCAAACCAGUACAGGGGUGUAUGAUAUAUACCCCUACGGUACCUUAACCAUUCCUGUCAAUGUUUUCUGUGACAUGUCGACAAUGGGCGGGGGAUGGACGGUGAUUCAGAAACGCGUAGACGGAUCUGUGAGCUUUGACAGGAACUUGGAGGAAUAUAAGAAUGGUUUUGGUUCACCGGAACGGAAUGUCUGGGUUGGAAAUGACGUAAUCCAUCAAUUAACAAAAGAAGGUACCUCAUUCCUGUAUGUGACCAUAACUCUACAGAAUGGUACAACGCUUUAUGAAAUGUACGACGGAUUCUCUGUUUCCGAUGAAACAGGAAAAUAUCAACUCUUUCUUGCAGGACCUGCUACGGGGACCUUAGGUGACUCUAUGUUAGACACUGGUGAUUCUAACACAGGUCUGUCUGGAAUGUCAUUCUCCACCCCGGACAGAGAUAAUGACAAAGCUAGUUAUAACUGUGCUACUCUCAGUGCCAUUAGAGGGGGCUGGUGGUAUAACGACUGUCACCGAGCCUUCCUUAACGGUCCCUGGUCCCCGGGGUCCUGGCCCUACCCAUGGUAUCCUGCUGUUACAGAUGGAUCGUUUAUAAGAGGGACUACGAUGAUGAUCAGACGGCACUAG